AGAAUUCGGCACGUCUAUGCCAGUAUGCCAAUUCUCAUCAAGCAGCUCCCCCUGAACGUAGAAAUUCUUCCUCAGUCAUUUACCAUAAAUAACAAGGACUACAACUAUACUGCUUCUGUUAUGAUAGUUGGGAGAGUUUUUCAGUGAAGUUAUGGAGUUUCAGGAGGCUUUGUUGAGGUAUUUGAAUAAACCAGAGGAGGGGAAAGGGGUUUGUGGAAAGGAAGGUCGUAAGGAGAUGGGUAAUGGGAAGCAGAGGUGGAGGGUGUUUUACAAGUCGUCUUCUUCUUCCAAUGCGUCAAAACGCCAGUCCAAGGAACCGCCCAAGGAGUUUCUGUGUCCCAUUUCUGGGUCUCUAAUGGCUGACCCAGUUAUCGUCUCUUCCGGCCAGACGUUCGAGCGUGCCUGCGUUCAGGUCUGUAAAGCUUUAGGGUUUAACCCCACUCUCUCCGAGGGUUCUUCGCCUGAUUUCUCCACAAUCAUUCCCAACCUCGCCAUACAAUCCACCAUUCUAAGCUGGUGCGACAAGUGUUCCGUGGACCGACCCAAGCCACUCGACUUCGACUCUGCAGAGAAGGUCGUCCGUACACUUAUGGCGUCCCAGAAAGCAGAGAACAAAAGCGAGGAUUCGGACAAGGAGUUGAUCAAAGCGGUUGGAGAGACUCCUCCUGUUUUGAAGUUCGCUCACGCCAUCACUGACUUGAAUCGCCGUUCCACUCACUUCUACUCAAGCUCGCAGGAAUCGGUGACCACCACCGGUUCGACUCCGCCUCUGCCCCUUGCGACUCGGCCGAGUUGCUAUUCUUCUUCAUCCUCUUCCGAGAUUGAAACCCUAAACCCCGAUUCGCCGGAGGAGGACGAAGGCAUCAUCGCGAAGCUCAAGAGCCCUCAGGUUUUCGAGCAAGAAGAAGCUUUGGUUUCACUGAGAAAGAUCACCAGAACCGGCGAAGAAACUAGGGUUUCUCUCUGCAGUCCUCGACUGCUCUCAAUGCUACGAUCGUUGAUCAUCUCGAGAUACUCCGGAAUUCAGGUGAACGCAGUAGCAGUUCUGGUGAACCUCUCCCUAGAGAAAAUCAACAAGGUGAAAAUCGUACGAUCAGGGAUCGUUCCACCGUUGAUCGACGUCUUGAAGGGGGGAUUCCCUGAAGCGCAGGACCACGCUGCCGGUGCACUCUUCAGCUUAGCUCUAGAAGACGCCAACAAAACCGCCAUCGGAGUUUUAGGCGCGUUGCCGCCGCUUCUCCACACUCUUCGGUCUGAGAGUGAGCGAGCUCGGAACGACUCAGCACUCGCUCUCUAUCAUCUCUCACUCGUUCAGAGCAAUCGAACCAAAUUGGUGAAACUUGGGGCAGUUCAGAUCCUUAUGGGCAUGGUGAAUUCGGGUCAUUUAUGGAGUCGGGCCCUGCUGGUGCUCUGUAACUUGGCUGCUUGCCCAGAUGGGAGGACAGCUAUGCUGGAUGCGGGUGCAGUGGAGUGUUUGGUGGGGUUGUUGAGGGGGAAUGAGUUGGACUCCGACUCAAUUCGGGAGAGUUGCCUGGCAGCGCUAUAUGCACUGAGCUUUGGUGGGUCGAGGUUCAAGGGGCUGGCGAAAGAGGCAGGGGCUAUGGAGACAUUGAUGAGGGUGGAGAAAAUAGGGAGUGAGCGGGCGAGAGAGAAGGCCAAGAAGAUCCUGGAGAUAAUGAGGGAGAAAACCGAGGAAGGUCUGGACUGGGAGGCAUUGCUUGAUUCAGGGUUGGUGAGUCGAACAAGGUAUUGGCCACUACAGGACAGGUCCAGUGUGAACUCAUCCGAGUUCUAAGAUCAGUGGUUGGGAUUUUUGGUUCUUUUGUGGAUUUGGGGUUGUAAUUAUUUUUUCCAGGUUGUAAGUAUUGGUGGUGCCCUUUGUUUGUGUUUUUGCGCUCCAGUAGUUGAUGAUGAAGGUGCAAAUAAGAGCUUCCAAGAGUUGGCCAGUGUGGAAAAUUACUGUUCAACCGGUGGCUCAUCUGCUGCCUGCUUUGCUCGGUAUGUGGAAGAUGUUUAUAUGUUUUUGUCUUUAGCAUUGUAUUACACAGCGAGACAGUUUUGUUCCUCACAGACUAAGAUUAACCAUUACUGUGAAAGAAUUUAAUUUAAUUGCUCCAAUUUUCAUAUUGGUAUGAAAAUGUUUGUUCUGUCA